AUGAGGGAGACUAGAACAAAGUUUGAGCUUUUUCUUGCUGGCCCUCCAAAAGAAGUUGAGGAUGUUGAUCUUUUGAUUCUUGCAUCUCAAUGGGCAGGUGUUGCCAGCGUACGGCAGGGGAAAAAUGCAGAGGGAAUUGAACACUUGGAAAGAGUGGCACGCUUGAAAGAGCCAGAGAAUUCAAAAAGCAAAGCCCACUAUUUUGAUGCGUUGCUACUUCUUGCAAGUGCUUUAUACAAAGAAGGUCGUAAAGCUGAGGCCGCAAAGUACUUGCGCCUGGCCGCUGCUUACAAUCCUGCGUAUAAUGUAUAUCUGGAACAAUGUGAAGACGACGAAGAUGACUUUGUUAGUGAUCUCGUCAACAGCAGGAGAGAAGAUUAUUAA